AUGAAUAAGGUAGCAGUCAACUCUAUGUCCAACAGUAAACCCAACAUAUUAUAUAACCCCCUGUUCGAACCAGUAGAUAGUCAAUAUACAGCUAGAAGAAUGGUUGUGUGGAAAUUAAUAAAUAUGAUAAUGUCAGUCUUCUUCCUACUAGCUGCUGUGGCCAAUGUGAAUGACUAUGAUUGGUAUAUUUGGGUGCCAAUCUAUAGCAUACCAGCAUUUUUUAGUAUUUUUCUUGUCCUAAAACCAGCACUCAUUAAUAAUUCAGUAUAUAAUAUAUCAGUAUCUACAGUGUUAGUAAUGUAUAGUGGUUAUUUUAUUUAUUUAAUUGUGGUCUUUUUACAAACAAUACAGAAUUCUAAAGCUGUGAAUAAUCCUUUAAUACAUGAGGAAGGGAGAGAAACAGUUGGUAUGUUCAUUAUUUUAUUAUGGCUGGUGAUUUCUAGAUUCACGUCUCUUGGAAGACCGGAACCAAUUCAAGGUAAUAAAGGAUUAUUAAAUGGUUUAUUGGUAUUGACUAUCAGCCUUGCAGUGUUACCUAUUAUGGCAUGGGCUGUGUGUUUUAUUGGUGAUAAUCAUAAACAUAUUGGACAUUGUAAUGGUAUGUUUCGUUGA